CAUUUGGCCGAGCGGAGCGUUUACAGCUGACAAAAUGUCCAGAGGCGGCGCUAUCACCUUGUCGGAUUUGUCCAGGGAGCAGGUGAGCGAGUGGCUCCAAAGCUUCGACACUGUUCUCUGCGACGGCGACGGAACCAUUUGGCAGGAUGACACGGCCAUUGAGGGCGCCGUGGAGGUGGUGAACGCCCUGCAGCAGCGACUGGGCAAAAGGGUAUACCUUAUCACAAACAAUGGACUGAAGACGCGCCAAGAGCUCUUCGAGCGCUCCCGGCGACUGGGCUUCCAGCUGCCAAGUGAGCAGCACAUCAUCUCGCCCACCACCGCCAUUGUGGACUAUCUUGGCCAGCGGACAGAGUUCGACAAAGCUCGUCAUCAGGUCUAUGUGGUGGGUAAUGCGGCCAUUGCACGGGAACUAAAAGCCCAUGGAAUCGACAGCUACGGAGCCGGGGAACCGGACGAACUCGCUCCGGGCGAAAAAUGGCAGGACUUUGCGGCUCGCGAGUUUGGUAACCCGGAGGCGGUUAAGGAUGUGGCUGCCGUUGUUGUGGGCUGGGAUGAGUACUUCAGUUACUGCAAGAUGGCCCGCGCCUGCAACAUCCUCUGCAGCAAUCCGAGCUCCGCGUUUCUGGUGACCAAUCGGGAUGCUGUGCACAAGUAUCCCGCCUUCUGUAUUCCCGGCACCGCCGCCUUUGUGUCCGGAAUUGAGGCUUGCUCGGAGCGAGAGGCCCUCGAGAUGGGCAAGCCGAAUCCUUUGGUCCUUGAGCCGCUGAUUAAGUCCGGAGCCCUGCGCCCCGAACGCACACUUAUGAUUGGCGACUGCCUGAAAAUAGACGUCGGAUUCGCCAGUAACUGUGGGAUGUUGUCGCUCCUGGUGGGCACUGGUCGGUACAGUAAUCUCUCGGCUGUCCUGCAGGAGAAAGAGAAGCUUCCACAGCCCGAUGUCUAUCUGCCCCGGCUGGGCGAUCUAUUGACCCACUUGUGAGCCAAAAACAAGGCCCCUUUGCCCAGAACAACAAUCAGUUUGUAAUCUUUGUAAUUUUUGUAAUUUUGACUUUUAUUAUACUUGGCUUUGUUUCUGUUUUUUUUCGCA